AUGGAAGAAAUUCCAGUUCGGGUGGCAGUACGAGUUAGGCCAUUGCUUCCAAAGGAGAUCUUCCGCCAUCAGCAUGUAUGUGUGAGAAUUGUACCAAACACCCAACAGGUUAUCAUUGGCAAAGAUCGGGCCUUCACAUUUGACUUUGUGUUUGGACAAAAGUCAGCUCAAGAUCAAGUGUAUGCUACCUGUAUAAAACCCUUGGUGUUAUCAUUUAUCGAGGGGUACAAUGUCACAAUAUUUGCAUAUGGACAAACUGGCUCUGGAAAGACCUACACAUUAGGUGGUGGACAUGUUGUUUCCACUGCUGAUGAAGAAAAAGGCAUCAUACCUCGUGCAAUCAAUGAAAUCUUCCAAAGCAUCUCUGAACACCAAAAUACAGAGUUUACAGUUAAGGUAUCCUACAUAGAGGUCUACAAGGAAGAGCUCAGGGACUUACUUGGACAUGAAACAUCUUCAAAAGACAUACACAUCAGAGAGGAUGAGAAAGGAAACACAGUGAUUGUUGGAGCUAAAGAAUGUGUUGUGGAAAGUGCAGAGGAAAUAAUACAUCUGUUAGAAGGCGGUAAUGGAGCUCGUCAUACAGGGACUACACAAAUGAAUGAAUACUCCAGUCGGUCUCAUGCCAUCCUCACGAUUACAGUUGAUCAGAAGGUAGAUAAACUAGAUGAAGAACUGAACAAAGUUCAAGAUGCUGAGGAAACAUUUCACACUUCUAGUCAGGUCAUCUCAUCAAAAUUCCACUUUGUUGACUUGUCAGGCUCAGAGAGAGUCACCAAAACAGGCAACACUGGUGAGCGGUUUAAGGAGUCUGUCCAGAUCAACAGUGGCUUACUGGCACUUGGGAAUGUUAUCAGCGCGCUUGGAGACCCCAAACGUAAAAGUCAACAUGUGCCUUACCGAGAUGCCAAAAUUACACGGAUAUUGAAAGACUCUUUGGGUGGCAAUGCCAAGACCUUAAUGAUUGCCUGUAUAAGCCCUUCAUCUUCAAAUUUCGAUGAAUCCCUAAAUUCUCUUAAAUAUGCAAACAGGGCAAGAAACAUUAAGAACAAACCAAUAGUCAAUUAUAAUCCAGAGUGGGACCGUAUUGAUGAAAUGGAGCUUGAAAUUCAUGCACUGAAAGAAGCACUGCAGAAAUAUCAUGGACUCAUAGCAAGCCAAGGCAGCCAGGUAUCUCAGGACUUAACAGGAGAACAUGGAAAAAAUAGGAUCCGUGUCCUGGAAGAGCAGCUGACUCGGCUGCAGGCAGAGUGUCACCGCUAUCGUACCUCAGCUGAAGAUGCCUUUAAUAUUUUGUUAGAGCUAAAAGGGUUAACCACCCUGCCUAAAAUACAGGAACGUAAACUACAGGAAUGGUUGGAUGCAGCUGAGGAAUUUCAGAAUAAGAAUUCUGUUGCUAGAGUGGACAGUGGAGGAAGUACGACUGGGGAUGAGCCUAAUCUUCAUACUGUUCUGCAGCUUAAGAGAGAACUGAAAAAGUGUCAGGAUGCUCUGGCAGCAGAUGAAAAGGUUUUUAGUCAAAAAGAAGCUGAAUUGAAACGAUUACAGGCUCGAAUUAACACAGUUCUUCAAGAGAAUAAAGUGCACUUAGCCAUUCUUGAUGACGAAGAAAACAAACAAAAGCUCCAGGUUGAUGGAAUCCCAUGA